AGUCUACAACAAGGUGCCCUCCUCGUGGUCAUGGCGGAUUCUGAUUGCCCCAUCACAUGAAAAAGAAUACACUCUUCCUUUACCCAAAUUAAAUGGCGCAAACUUUAAAAUUGAAUCUAUUGCUAAAUCUCCUACUUCUACUUCUAUUUCAACUAUCUUAUGCUACACUCGUUUUUGGAUCGGUUUUUGUUCAAGAAGAAGAAUUUUCUGAAGAGUUGUUGUUAAAGCCAUUGCCCGAUCGGAAAGUUUUGUCCCAUUUUCACUUUGAAAGCAGAGCUCCUCCUUCUAACACUCAUGGCCGCCACCAUCACCUAUUUCCCAAAGCCAUUUCUCAGUUGGUUACAAAACUUCGAAUUAAAGAAAUGGAAUUAUCUUUCACUCAAGGACGCUGGAGAUAUGAACAGUGGGGUGGUUUUGACCCCAUAUCAAGCAACAAUGCAAAGCCCCCAGGAGUUGAGUUAUGGGCUGUUUUUGAUGUUCCUCAAUCUCUGGUUGAUGCUUAUUGGAAGAAUUUAACCCACACACUUUCUGGUCUUUUCUGUGCUUCAGUUAACUUCCUUGAGUCUUCUUCUGCUUAUUCUGCUCCUGAGUGGGCCUUUCGGCCAGCUUCUGGCAAUCUGAGGUAUGGUGCAUUGCCUCGUGAGGCUGUUUGCACUGAGAACCUUACUCCUUGGUUGAAGCUGCUUCCUUGUCGGGACAAGUCCGGUCUUUCUGCAUUAAUGGACAGACCGUCUGUUUACAGAGGCUUUUAUCAUUCUCAGAGGUUGCACUUGAUCUCAACUGAAUCUGAUUCUGAUGGGGUGGACUCGGGCAUUGUACUAGAACAAACACUUACAGUAGUUCUUCAGCCUAGUGGUUGGAAAAAGGGUAAGAGUUAUGCUGGUAAGACUAAUAUGCAAUCAAACUGGUCUAUUAGUUCAAUUUUUGGGAGGAAAGUCGGUGGAAAAUGUAUUCUUGCCAAGUCUAGUAAUGUAUACCUUCAACUUGAUAAGGGUCUAGUUUGUGAAUUGAAGGAUCUGCAAAAGGAAAAUGCUGAAUAUGGGGCCAACAAUUUGGCAUCUGAACAUAGCUUCGAACUAUCUGUUAAUCCAGACAAGGUGUAUGAAGAAAUGGAUAACUUGCAUGGCAAGAGCACAUCUGUUAUGUAUGAAUAUUCAGUUGACAAGUACAUUGAUUCUCAACCAUUUGAUCUGGGUCUUACAUGGAAGAUUCCUGUAGUUUGGUUGAAUCAACAAGCACCACUGCAUGCUAGUAGGUUUUUAAUGGGCAGUGGGAAUGAAAGGGGUGCUAUUGCUAUCUCCUUGAGAUCCACGGAUUUAAGUGAGGGCUCAGGGAGCACUAAUGCUAUUAAUGAGGGAUGUGAGUUGCAAGUUGAUAUUUUCCAAGUUGUGCCUUGGUAUAUUAAGGUGUACUUUCAUACUCUCCAAGUGUAUGUUAAUCAACAACGUAGGGCUGUGGCAGAUGUUGUGAAAAAGAUACAUGUUUCACCUUCCAAAGAUAAGUUAUCACCUGGGGUAAUGGAGAUGAUUCUGAAGCUGCCCUGUGGUGUACAAUCAGCUGCUUUAACUAUAGAGUUUGAUAAGGGUUUCUUGCACAUUGAUGAAUAUCCUCCUGAUGCCAAUCAAGGGUUUGACAUUCCUUCAGCAGUUGUAAGCUUUCCCAACUCCGAUGCAAGCAUGCAUUUUUCUCAGGACGAUUCUUUGAAAAAGUCACCUUUGUUGUCUAAAUUUCAGGAAAGGAGUCGUGUCCUUUCUUACACAGAAGUGUUACUUGUACCUUUGACAACUCCUGAUUUCAGCAUGCCUUACAAUGUCCUCACAAUCACAUGCACAGUAUUUGCAUUGUAUUUUGGAUCUCUGCUCAACAUUCUUCGGAAGCGUGCUGGUGAGGAGGAAAGAUUACUUAAAGCUAGCAAGAAAACUGGUCGGCUUUCUCAGCUGCUAUCCAAAUUGAUUGCGAAGCUUAGGCGUAGACCACAGGAGCCACUUCCAUCAUCUCCAGCUCCAUCAUCCUUUGUUAGUCAUAAAGUAAUAUUCAAAAUCUUAGUAGUAGCUUGCAUUGCUGUUGCUUGGCAAUACUAUUUCUGAUGAUUUAAUUAGUUAGUCGAUUAGGUAUUUCAAUGUACCAUAUGUGCAAAAGAAAACAAUACUGAACUUAAGAGAUCAGGAAAAUGAUAUUCUUCUACCACGAAAAAGUGUCUCCAGAUUGUACCCCAAUUUUGUAUUAUUUUCUUAGUCAUUUACACCUUGUUUUCCAUUGUUUUAAUUGUUUACGUUUUGAACUAGUUUGUGAUUAGUCAUCAGUUUGCUUUGUUUA